UCAGUGUCAGGGGACAAAUGCACUGUCAGGCUGUGAAAGCUUGCCAGCUCCCUGGAGUGUUUUGUUGAGAGAGUAUUUCAUGUACCAAGUGAUCCUCCCACGGGCAGCAUUGUCUGUAAUUCUGGCAACACCUGAAUUUCUAGUUCUUGAUUUUUUAGUCUUGCACGCUUCGGUUUGCUGCCACUUUGCUUAAUAAAGCUGUGCAAACCUCUUCUGUCCUGUCAAUUUUUUCCCUCUGGAUCUUUUAACCUUUGGAAAAACAGUCUGCACCAUCUUAAUAGUAUCAGAACUAUUUUCUUGUAGUGCAAUCAUAUCAAAGAAUGAUGUGGCUGAAUUUUGCAUUUUAGGCCAUGUUAGGGUUUGUGCGAUCACAACAGAGGUGUGGAAAUGGCUUGGCAGGUGACUUCAUCUUGAAUUAAGAACAGAGCCCGGGCGGUGUAAUUCCUUUCCCCUUCACUGACAUGUCCCUGAUAUGAGCUUUUCAUAUAACUUGAAUGAGCAGGAGCUGUUGUAAGGAUUGGAGGGGCCAUUGCUUCGUAGUAGAGCACAUGCUUUCAUGCAGAAGACCCCAGGAUCCAACUUCAGCAUCUCCAGUUUACAAAUGAGCAGCCACCUGCCAAAGGCAAAGCCCCUGCCUGAGACCUUAGAGCAUCCCUGCGAGCAGGAGGAGAAUUCUAACUGGGCUUGAUGGGCUGGACCGUUCAUUCAAGGAUCAGAAGACAUUUUGCUUGUAGGGACAUAAUGCCAUCACUUCCUGCAGAGGCUGAAAUGAAUACACUCUCUUGCUCUCACAUCUCAGCCAGUUGCAUAACCAAUGGGGGCCUGGAGAAGGAGCCAUGCACCAGCCCUGAGAAGGAGAGGAAAUGGAUCAGACCUGACACCCCAAGCAGGUGUACUUGGGAGCUUGGAAAACCUCCAUCUGAGUCACCCCAUCAUCAUCAUCAUGUUACACCAUCAGAAGUUCCAAAUAUUAUGCCAGACAUCCUCAAGAAAAUCGGUGACACUCCCAUGGUGCGAAUCAACAAGAUUGGAAAACAAUCUGGGCUUAAAUGUGAACUCUUGGCAAAAUGUGAAUUUUUUAAUGCUGGAGGGAGUGUAAAAGACCGAAUCAGCUUAAGGAUGGUGGAAGAUGCUGAAAGGGAUGGGGUCUUGAAACCUGGAGAUACUAUUAUUGAGCCAACUUCAGGAAAUACAGGAAUUGGGCUGGCCCUGGCAGCUGCAGUAAAAGGCUACCGCUGUAUCAUCGUGAUGCCAGAGAAAAUGAGCAUGGAGAAGGUAGAUGUACUGCGUGCCCUUGGGGCUGAAAUUGUGAGGACACCAACUACUGCUAGAUUUGACUCUCCAGAAUCUCAUGUUGGGGUCGCAUGGAGACUGAAAAAUGAAAUCCCCAACUCCCACAUAUUGGAUCAGUACCGUAAUGCCAGCAAUCCCCUGGCCCACUAUGACACAACGGCCGAGGAAAUCCUACAACAGUGUGAGGGUAAGGUAGACAUGGUUGUGGCUGGAGCUGGCACAGGGGGCACCAUCACUGGCAUUGCCCGAAAAAUAAAGGAGAAAUGCCCUGAAUGCAAAAUUAUAGGCGUUGACCCCGAAGGAUCUAUCCUUGCAGAGCCUGAAGAACUAAAUGCAUCAGACAAGACCACUUACGAAGUAGAAGGGAUCGGAUACGAUUUCAUUCCUACAGUUCUGGACAGAUCGCUUGUGGACAAAUGGUAUAAGUGUAAUGAUGAGGAAUCUUUUGCCUUUGCACGGAUGUUAAUCAGAGAAGAAGGACUGUUGUGUGGUGGCAGUUCGGGGAGUGCCAUGUCUGUUGCUGUGAAGGCUGCAAAACAGCUGAAGGAAGGCCAGCGCUGUGUUGUCCUCCUUCCUGAUUCUGUCCGGAACUACAUGUCCAAAUUUUUGAGUGACAAAUGGAUGAAUCAAAAAGGCUUCAUGACAGAGGAGGAUGACAUCAUUCACAAGCCUUGGUGGUGGAACUUGAAAGUUCAGGAAUUAUCGCUUUCUGCACCCCUGACAGUACUGCCAAGUGUCACCUGUGAAAAGACCAUUGCCAUACUCAGAGAGAAGGGGUUUGACCAGGUACCGGUGGUUGAUGAAUCUGGAGUGAUAUUGGGUAUGGUUACCCUUGGUAACAUGCUUUCUUCAGUGCUUGCUGGCAAAGUACAGCCAUCGGAUCAAGUCAACAAAAUAAUUUACAAGCAGUUCAAGAAGAUUCAUCUGCACGACAACCUGGGGAAGCUCUCUCAAAUUUUGGAAAUAGAUCACUUUGCUCUGGUGGUCCAUGAACAGAUUCAAUCUGCUGUGGAGCAAGCUAAUGCUGGUGCCUCAGUCCCUAAAGUGCCAGUGUUCCUACAAGAUCACAGUGAUGGCAACUCCAGUAAAAGGCAAAUGGUGUUUGGUGUUGUCACAGCAAUUGACUUGCUUAACUUUGUGACUACUCGGGAACAGCAAAACAAGGCAACAUAAGUUCAAGAAGUUAACUGAUGGCAGUUGCUUCAGUGGCUUUUCCUUUUCUAGAAGAACCCCUCUGCUUCCUUUUUUCCUGCCCUUUCAUCAAUUAGAACAAUCUUUGAAAUUAUGUUCCGGUCUAAACAAAUAACCCUAAACUCAUCUGUGGGAUACAUUUGCUGUAAGCAAGACUCCACAGUUAUAACUUCCAGAAUGUAAUGAGUACACCAAAAUAUCUGGCAAUUCUCAGGAUGGCUGGUGUUCAAUGAGCAGUUGCCUUCUUUGCAAAGGCAGAUUUUAUUUUGCCAGUACAAAAGUGGGCUGGAAGAACAAGUCCUGCAUAAUGACCUGGUGGAAACAGGGCAAGAGUGCAUGAGACAGUGGCUGUGUGGGGUCCUCUCCAAGCUGCACCAGCCUUUCUUCCAUGGUUGCAAUGUUUCAUGAAGCUUUCCCUCCCAUGUCAUGCUCCACCGGUGUUACAUCCCUGAAGAGGUACAGAGGCAGUAUUAGGUCUCUUAACCCUGUUGCAGAUUUCAGAUCUUCUGCCUUCGUACUGCAGAUACAUGAACACUCCUUAAUGGGAGAACUACCUACAUCCUUGACAAGGUGCCCGUCCAUAAUGUUGCGAUACAGGGGCCAUCGGCAGGGCUGUUUGUAACCCUGUUCUGUCCUUUGUGAGAAGCUAGCAUCUGAUUCUGUUGUUUAGAACCCAUGGCAAGGCAAAUGCCCUGCCUGUCCAGUGGAUGAGCACUUGGAAUGAAUCCACCUCGGACUUCUUUCCAAACACUAAACUUACAAAAUAUUCAGCUCUCGCUUUCUGUAUGCUUACCCCAGUUCACCAUGGCCAAGUGAAUAAGAGAUGUGGAAGGGGCAAAGAAGUGUAUCAGUUUCAUUAAUACACGGCAAAAACAGAAAAAACAGAAACUGGUAAAAGAAUAAUUUGGCUCUGCCAAGCACUCCACUAUGUAGAUUAUUUCUUUGGGUCACCACUUUGCAUUUUGAACCUUGGUCUACAUGUUAACUUGUAAGCAAUCCAGGUCUCUAGCCACAUCAUAGAAUGCUAUAAAUUUUCCACUGCUUUCCAUUCUUAAUUCUGCCAGACUCUGGAUUUCUGUUAACUAGUUUGGCUGAUGUGGAUAACAGAACACUGAAUGCUGAAAUUAUUCCUCUCUUUAGUUCAGGGAUGACCAAAUCAAAUUUACUGGCUAUUAAUUCUAAUCUUAAAUCAGAAGUUUUAAUGAUUUAAAAUAUAUGUUCAAGCACUGGCGUAUAUUGUUUAAUUUGUCUAGCUUUGUGUACAUGGAUGUCAACUUUCUUGCUACUUUGCACAUCACUAAGCUACACUGUUACAUUAUGUCUCACCAUAUGCAUGUUUUGGUUUUAAACCCCUUUGGGCUUUAUAGGAGACACUGAAAAACUAUUUGGUGUUUCAUUUACUCAAGUUAAUUUGUCAUCUAAAUCAAUACUUUUUUCCAAACAUAACUUAUUUGUAUUCUAUGUCCAAGGAUCCUUCUCAUGACAGUCCAAAGCAGAAAGUGUGCAGAAUUCAUAUUUAUAUAUCAAACUUGCCAUGAGAUUCCAUCUUGAAUGUAACAAAUGUAGUUUGGUCGUCUUUAUAGCAGUGAAGCUACUAUAAUCUUGGCCACCAAAGGUUUAGUUCAGCUUUCAGCCUUCUAAUCACUGAGCAUUACUGUUUUAGGCCCUGGACAUUACUGUUUUAAGUUGUGAAAACAAAAUCCUGUGUUGAUAAAUGUUCUCUUCCGGUGUCAUCUAUGUCCAAAAUUCAAUAUGAAAAUCAAAAUAAAAAUGCUUUAAUUUCUGAUAAA